AAUAUCCAUAUUUUACAUACGACAACGAUACCAGUUACAAGCCCCUCCCCUCUCAUGUAGGGGGCGUAGCUUAAUAAAAACGGAUCCGCCCUGAUGCCCCGAUGACAGCACGGACAAGAUGGCGGCCAGCUGGGAAGAGAAUUGAGGAUGUCAACAUCAUUUCUUCAGCUCAAACAAGUCCGGAUUUUCACUACACACCUCCUCGAUCAAACCGCAACAUAGUAAAUGUGCCGUGCAUCUGUCUUAGGAACCGAAACCGGGACAUUUUAACACAAACGUGUGCCUGUUUUUGCGCAAUGUUUUGGAAAUCCGUUUGCGCAAAGAGGACCAUCAACUCUUGACGAAAGAUCUGGCCUGUAUGAACCUCCAAACCCAACUCCAGGAGUCACAGAAAGAGCCUUUGAACAACACAUCGCACAUUACAUCGACUGUAACCCUCAGAUCAGUCCGAUCGAGGCUGUUUUGAUUGGUGCUUGCGGUGAUUUCCGUGAGGAAGAGCAGCGGUUCUCAUUAAAGCUGCGGAAGUGGAGGAGGGCUUUUCACGCCAGUCAUCUUUCAAAUGCGCUUUCUGUCCUCCUGUGUAUGCAGUUUACUGCACUAUCCGCCUGUGAAAGAUCUAAGAGUGCAUUAACAUUUGGGGAAGCGGGCUCCAGGGCUGCAUUCGCUGGAUUUUCCGGAAAUAGUGUUUUUGUGACUUGCGGGUCAGUUUUAGUUAAAGUGACGUCAUGGCUCAUUCUCCAGUGCAGGGCAGUCUGCCUGGGAUGCAGAAUUUAAAAGCAGACCCUGAGGAGUUAUUCACUAAGCUGGAGAGAAUUGGUAAGGGCUCGUUCGGAGAGGUGUUCAAGGGCAUCGACAAUCGCACACAGAAAGUGGUGGCCAUCAAGAACAUCGAUUUGGAAGAGGCCGAAGAUGAGAUCGAAGACAUUCAGCAGGAAAUCACAGUGUUGAGCCAGUGCGACAGUCCCUUUGUCACCAAAUACUAUGGCUCCUAUCUAAAGGACACAAAGUUAUGGAUUAUCAUGGAGUAUUUAGGUGGUGGAUCUGCUCUGGAUCUGCUGGAGCCUGGCGCUUUGGAUGAAACACAGAUCGCCACUAUCUUGAGAGAAAUAUUGAAAGGCCUGGAGUAUCUCCACUCUGAGAAGAAGAUCCACAGAGACAUUAAAGCUGCAAAUGUAUUGUUGUCGGAGCAAGGGGAGGUGAAACUGGCAGAUUUCGGCGUGGCCGGUCAGCUCACAGACACACAGAUUAAGCGGAACACAUUUGUGGGCACACCCUUCUGGAUGGCACCUGAAGUCAUCAAACAGUCCGCCUAUGAUUCAAAGGCUGAUAUUUGGUCUUUGGGCAUUACUGCCAUUGAGCUAGCUAAAGGAGAGCCCCCCCACUCCGAUCUGCACCCCAUGAAGGUGCUGUUCCUCAUUCCAAAGAACAACCCCCCUACACUUGAGGGCAACUACUGCAAACCUCUGAAAGAGUUUGUCGAGGCCUGCCUAAACAAGGAGCCCAGUUUUAGACCGACAGCCAAAGAGUUGCUGAAACACAAGCUCAUUGUGCGUUAUGCGAAGAAAACCUCUUAUCUGACAGAGCUCAUCGACCGAUACAAACGCUGGAAGACGGAACAGUCCAGAGAGGACUCCAGCUCCGAUGAGUCUGACUCAGAACCGGAUGGCCAGGCAUCUGGUGGGAAUGACUUUGGCAACGAUGACUGGAUCUUCACCAUUCGAGAGAAAGAUCCCAAAAAACUGCAGAAUGGAGCCAGUCUGACAGGAGAGGAGGAGCCAACAAAGAGGCCACUGUCCCAGAGUCUGUCUACCAUCAUCACUCCAGUCUUAACUGAGUUGAAGGAAGGGGUGGCAGAGUCAACAGUGAAGCCUGAAGUUCUGGAGCAGCUUGGGGAGGCCAUUUUCCUGGCUGAAGAGGCACAUCCAGGGAUCUCCGACGUAAUGGUCACUCAGCUUAUUCAGAGGCUACAACGGUUCUCUAGGGCAAGAACAUCAUCCUCCUUGCACCAGUGAUUAUUCCAGUAGCCUAUCCAUCUCUCGCUUCAGUCCCCCCCCCUGGCAUCAGCUCAGCAAAUCCUGACACCAGCAGACUCUGUGACGUCUACCCUGGAGGACCAACUGUCCUUCAAUAGCUUAUCAUAAGAACUUCUCCAACUCCUCAAGCUUCCCCUAGUUUCUCUUUUUUUCUUUUAUAACAUCCUGGAACACUCUUUGGGAGUGAGUGCGUAUGUAUGUGUCAUAGUGUGUUUGUAACGGAAACUGUGAGAGCAAUGAACAAAACGUAGACGUUAACUCAUUUGGUUAAGCACGGAGUGAGAUGGAGACAGGUAGUUUUGCAUUAUCGUAUUCAAGAUUUUGGAAGAAUGCAUUGUGUAUGCCAUCACGGGAUAGAAGACGGAUCCGUCGCCUCCUCUUUUACCCUAAAUGAGAGAAGAAGAAAAAAAGAGAGUGUGCAUGAUUCUGUACAAAAUGCAUGUGUGAAGACGGAUGUCUGACUGUGUGUGUGUGUGUGUGUGUGUGUGUGUGUGUGUGUGUGUGUGUGUGUGUGUGUGUGUGUGUGUGUGUGUGUGCGUGUGCGUGUGCGCAUCCAGGCCCUGAUGUGGAGAUUGCAGUUCUCACUGAAAUCUCAGGUAAUCUGCUAGGAGCAGACUAGUCAUCCAGGAAGACAGAGGGCGCUAUGUAUGGAUUUGUGUACAGAUCUGUGUAUAUAGUCUCGAUUUUACAGACCUUUAAAAGAGAUGAUGGUUUUUUGCAAUGAAUCACUGUGUACAGAUGGCAAAGAGCUUCUGUAGAUAUUGUUAGAAACAAAAGAAAGGUAAAUAUUUAAAAGUCAAGCCUCUGAAAUGGCCAUUACUGAAAUGCCUUGCCUUUUUAUCAAAUGUACAUUUUUGGGGGUGCUCUGUUAAUUUUAAUAAGAAAUUAAAGGGUUUUACUGAUAAGGGUUGAGAUCCUGCCAACAGUAAUUUGUUUUGUGUUGUUUUUAAAUCUCUUAAAAGCAAAAAUAACCAUUGCAGUUGGCCUACAUGAAAUACUAUUAUAUAAUAGAACCUACAUUGUCUCAACAUUUCAAGGUCAAUUUUAUUUAUAGAGCACAUAUGAAAACAUCAAGUGUGUACCAAAUUGCUGUACAUGGGCAAAUAAAACAAUGAAUUAAGGGGAAAUAAAAAAGAUUGACAUUAAAUACA